AUGGAGCAGGUCAACGAGACUGUGGUGACAGAGUUUGUCUUCCUCGGCUUCUCAUCUCUGGCUGGGCUGCAGCAGCUGCUCUUUGUUGUCUUUCUGCUCUUCUACCUGUUCACUCUGUGUACUAAUGCCAUCAUCAUGUCCACCAUUGUGCUGGACAGAGCCCUUCAUACCCCCAUGUACUUCUUCCUAGCCGUUCUCUCCUGCUUUGAGACUUGCUACACCUUCGUCAUUGUACCUAAGAUGCUGGUCGACCUGCUGGCCCAGAAGAAGACCAUUUCUUUGCUGGGCUGUGGCAUCCAGAUGUUUACCUUCCUCUUCCUUGGCUGCUCUCACUCCUUCCUGCUGGCAGCCAUGGGUUAUGAUCGUUACGUGGCCAUCUGCAACCCACUGCGCUACACAGUGCUCAUGGGACAUGGCAUGUGCGUGGGGCUAGUGGCUGCUGCCUGCACCUGUGGAUUUACUGCUGCACAGAUCAUCACAUCUUUGGUAUUUCACCUGCCUUUCCACUCCUCCAACCAGCUCCAUCACUUUUUCUGUGACAUCUCUCCUGUCCUCAAGCUGGCAUCUCACCAUACUCACUUUACUCAGAUUGUCAUCUUCAUGCUCUGUGCGUUGGUCCUGAUUAUCCCCCUGUUAUUAAUUUUGGUAUCCUAUAUUCACAUAAUCUCUGCCAUAUUCCAAUUUCCUUCCACACUGGGCAGGUAUAAAGCUUUCUCCACCUGUGCUUCUCAUCUCAUUAUUGUCACUGUUCACUAUGGCUGUGCCUCUUUUAUCUACUUAAGGCCUAAGUCCAACUACUCUUCAAGCCAAAAUGGUCUGAUAGCAGUAUCCUACACUAUCAUAACUCCAUUGUUCAACCCAGUAAUUUACAGCUUGAGAAAUAAAGAGUUCAGAUCAGCACUUUGUAGAAUUGUGGGAAGAACAAUCUCUCUUCCACCUCAUUAA